ACGAGAAAGGUCGACUCAAAAUGGGAAAAAGGCCACGGUGAAAACUCUUCCUCCUACCAGCGAACUCGUCUCCGAAGGAAGAAUCACUGCAGUCAAGGAUAUUAUCGUUGUAGAACAAUUCGUCGUUGAUUCAUUGUAGAGCUGUAAUCCUCUGCAUCAUUCGCCAUGGCCGCACCAUUUUUCUCCACUCCGUUUCAACCGUACGUGUAUCAGAGUCCACAUGAGGCUGUAAUACCUUUCCAGAUUUUAGGUGGUGAAGCUCAGGUGGUUCAGAUUAUGUUGAAGCCAGAAGAAAAGGUUGUUGCAAAGCCUGGUUCCAUGUGUUUCAUGUCUGGAACCAUCGAGAUGGAAAAUGUGUACGCACCUGAAAAUGUAGGCGGUAUGUGGCAGUGGCUUUUCGGCAAGACCAUGACUAGCAUAGUUCUGCAAAAUCCUGGUCCAAGUGAUGGGUUUGUUGGGAUUGCUGCGCCAUCCGUUGCUAGAAUUCUUCCGAUUGAUUUGGCGGUGUUUGGUGGAGAGCUUUUAUGCCAGCCAGAUGCAUUCCUUUGUUCCAUCAAUGAUGUAAAAGUUAGCAACACGGUUGAUCAGAGGGCACGUAACAUUGUCACUGGUGUUGAGGGAUUUCUUAGACAGAAACUAUCUGGCCAGGGACUUGCAUUUAUUGUUGCGGGUGGAUCUGUUGUACAGAAAAAUCUUGAGGUGGGUGAGGUAUUCGCCGUUGAUGUCUCCUGCCUUGUUGCCCUUACAGCUUCAGUCAAUGUCCAAAUCAAAUACAAUGGUCCCCUGAGAAGGGCAGUCUUUGGAGGCGACAACCUAGUGAUAGCUGUUCUAACUGGACCGGGCAUUGUCUUCAUUCAGAGUUUACCUUUUAAUCGACUUUCUCAACGGGUUGCUAGGGCAGUCACAACACCCAACAUGAGGGAAAACCCCAAGUUUUUCGUUCAGAUAGCCAUCUUCUUUUUCCUGGCCUAUGUCGUGAUUGUAUCUUCAUUAAUCUUAACAGAUGUAUGAAGUUCCGUGCGGGCUUUUCGUUCUUUUAGAUGAUCAGUAUAAUAUCUGUAUUAGCUCAAUUAAAUUUUCAUAUAGUCAGAUGUCACUCAGAUCAAUACCGAAGGAUUUAAAUGGUUUGCUUUUGUUUUUUUGAUGCUACAACUCACCUGGAGCAAGUGUUGAUGAUAUUACAGUUACAUUUGUUUAAGAGGUUGUUAAACUGACUUUUGUUUUACCUA